AUGUCAAAUACUGAUCGAGGAGGAACAAUUCGAGAAUAUAUAGAUGCUCGUAAAAAAGCUAGCAUGAGCUGGGACGAAUUUCGUAAACUCAAAACAGAACAUGAUGGGCCACAAUUUUCAGAACAUGACCUUAUAAAAUAUAGACAGAAAUUAGACGAAGAAAGAGAGGCCAGAUUGAAAGGAUUUAAACAUAAACAUCAUCAUCACGACCAUCAUAAAGAUCGAAACCUUAAACAUAGUAAACAUUCCAAGUCAACAAGAAGCGUUAGUUUAGAUUCUCAAAGUUCAUCAAAACAUAAACAUAAAGUUCACGAAGAAGAUCAUACCGGAGGCACACCAGUGCGUCUAUCAGAAUUUCUUAAACAUGGAAGUAGUAGUUCUGAUGAGUAA